AUGCUAUACAUAGUGGGAUUGGGAUUGGGUGACGAGAGAGACAUAACUCUUAGAGGCUUAGAGGAAGUGAAGCAAUGCGACAAGGUCUACAUCAAAUCUUAUACUUCUCUUCUCUCUUUCGGUAUCUCUUCAGAUGGCCUUUCUACCCCGGAAAAACUUUAUGGAAGGCCAGUGAUUCUUGCCGAUAGAGAAAUGGUUGAGGAAAAAGCCGAUGAAAUACUCUCAACUGCUCGUGUUUCUGAUGUGGCUUUCCUUGUAGUUGGUGACCCUUUUGGAAAUUAUAUCAUUUCUUCCUCAUUAGAUGAAUGUUACAUGUAUGUAUAUAUGCAUUGCUGA